AAUUUGUUAUAUACACUCGGGUACAUCUUACAUUCCAGCACCCAAAUAUCCAACUACUCCAAAGUUAGUUUUUGCUUUUCAUUUAAUAAUUAAAUAAAAAACAAAAGAACAAAAAAACAAUAAUGUAAUUAAAAUGAGAACAAAAUACUUAUAGUGUACGGUACACCCGAUAAGUAUAUAACAAGCUCUCCAUUUAUCAAACCAAAUGAUCAUACCCCGUAAUAAAAUUUCUACCCAAUGCUUGAUCAGAGUUUCGGAUGAAUCAGUAAUAAUCAGUAGUUGGUUUAUUUUCUACUUCAAUUCUUGUUCUUGUUCUUGUUUUUGUUCUCUGUCCUUUUCAUAUUUUUAGCAUCUACAUUUAUAUAAAUCCAGUUAAAUUAUUGAGCUUUUUCUUGCAAUACAAAAAUUCCAACCUCCAAAAAAAAAAAAAUUAUGGGUUGGGGUAUUUCAAGGUUAAUACUCCUGAAAUCAUUGCUUCAUUUUAUGAUAUUUGUGUUAAUGAAAAGCAAUGGAUUCACAAUUUUAGCAAUCCCAUUUCUAUAUGCAUCAUUAGUAUUCUUAUUGGUUUCAAUUGCUUCAAACCCUCAUAUUAAUCUUCCUAUGCUAUUGGGGAAGAACACAGAUGGGUCAUUCCCAAUUUGGUCAAUUGUAAUGUUUGGCCCUUUUUUGUUUUUUGUACGGCUGUUUUCGAUGGUUCGGAGAUUGUUGAGUCAUGAGGAACCUUUUACUGAGAUUUGUGAGGGUGUGUAUGUUGGAGGAUGGCCUUGUUCAUUGGAUAAGUUUCCACCUAAGAAUCCUGCUGUUAUUGAUUGUACUUGUGAAUUUCCUCGAAAUUCGGAGUUUACUAGAAGUGGGUAUUUGUGUAUUCCUACAUGGGAUACGAGGUCGCCUCAGCCGUCGGAGAUUGAGUCUGCUGUUAAAUGGGCUUGCAGGAAGAGAGCUCUAGGAGUGCCGGUGUUCAUCCAUUGUGCUUAUGGACAUGGACGGAGUGUUGCAGUAAUGUGUGCAUUACUGGUGGCUUUAGGAGCGGUAGAGAAUUGGAAAGAUGCAGAGAAGAUGAUUCAAGAAAGACGACCUUAUAUCAGAAUGAAUUCUCUCCAUCGAAAAGCCUUGGAAGAAUGGGCACAGCAUCGAUUAUCUCCAAUGAAGAGGAAGAAUGAAACAGAUGUGAGUUCUGUCAUCAUGUCAAAUUCUUUGGGAAGCAAGUAGUUGUACAUUGAGAACACACUUCUUUAUAUCUUCAUUACUGUAGCUUUUCUUGGACCCAACUAUUCCAGGAGAAACUCCACAAACUAAACUCCUCUUGCUUAACUUUGUCAAUAGCAAUAGAAAUUAAUCUUAGUGGAAACAGCUUGUGAAAUAUUGUUCUUCUACGCUAAUUUUGUUUUACUAAAAUUAUUUCCUGUGUUUCCUUUAUUGUCAUACUACA